GUACAGCGCACGUGAAAUCAAAACUGCCGCGGUCGUAACGUUGGUGCGUUUACCCACGUCCACGUGAACCACGUUUCUCUUGACUCGCCGAUGUCCCUGCUGAUAUGCCUCUAAAGCUCACAGACGCUGACAGGCCUUCCGUGUUCGAACACCUCAAGGAAAUCGGAUGCUGCAGGUUCUGCGCGGAGCGCUUUUCCGGCGAGAGAUACUACGAUAAUUACAAGAAAUUCGAGGAACUAGCGGCGGCACUUUCAGAUGUUAGCAACGGUGAAUCGAAACCUCAAAACCAAGAUUCGCCGGAAGAACCCGUUCCGAAGCGACCGAAGUUUGGCACUGAAGUCAACGAUGAGUCUGCAUGUGUCGACAAUGCCUGCCAAGAUGGAGUUAACACCGAGGACGACACCGGCUGUGUUGCUUGCUAUGGACUGCUCGAAAUUCAACACCUCAAGGAAUCCUUCCAGCAGAUUGCCGCGGCUGUCAAGGAGAGUGGUUGUGUCUUCUCGAAGUUCACAUUCCAGCUGUCGGUGCCUGUGACGCUCGAACUCCGUCACCAUGCCAUGGUGAUCCAUUUGAAGGAAAAAUUCAGGGAAUCCUUCAAGGACUGCAGCGACAUCGAGUUUGUCAGUGCCAAGGAAGUGUGGAAGUACAUCGUCAGCCCAAUGUUUGCCGACCACUUUGGCGUCGAGUUCUCCGCAACGAGCGGCUUCCAGAUUACGGUGGCGUUCCCGUCGCCAAACGCCGAUGAGGAGUGUGGGUUUCUGUUGAAGAAGUUUCCUGAAUCCUUUCCAAACCGAAAGCAGAGAAAGCACCAGUCUCGCGAGAUAUUCACGCGUUGUGCCGUGCUUGAUGCGCUUCGAAAGAUCUCGGACGACGACUUCAGAAACUUGUACAAAUGCCCGCCAGACAGACCGUCAAAAGUCGAAUCCAAGGUUGAAGUCUCGUGUGUCCACUCACCUAUCUACCUCGCAGGUCGCUACUGCAAGUACUCGCGCCUUCUUAGCCAGACUCCCUGGAUUCUUAAUGGCAAGAGAAUCAUGGAGGCGUCCGUACAGGAACUCAUCACCGAUGUGGUCACCAAGCACAUUCCGAAUGAAAAAAUCAUGUUUUCAUCAUCUGGGAGGGAAGACGUAGACGUACGGAUGCUGGGAAGAGGGCGGCCAUUUGUCCUGGAGAUAUUGAAGGCGAAGAGGGCAGUCUUCACAACAUCCGACAUGGAGACCAUUGAGAAGGAAAUCAACGCAAAUACGAAGGACAUCAGCGUGAGUGACUUGCAGGUGAUCUCAAAGAACAUGACGCAGGUCCUGAAGGACGGUGAAGAGUUGAAGCGAAAAACGUACACAGCGCUGUGCUGUGUUAACAGGCGACUCACGGAUGACGACGUGGCCGUGGUGUCUAAGCUGAAGAAUGUGACGCUAAAGCAGAAGACGCCCAUUCGUGUUCUGCACAGGCGAAACUUGGCGGAGCGCGAGCGGACUGUCUACGAGAUGUCGUUGGAGCCACUAGAGGACGCCGAAGACGGGGGACACAGAUUCUACCUUCACAUCACCACUCAGGCCGGCACAUACAUCAAAGAGUUCAUCCACGGCGACUUUGGCAGGACAGUGCCCUCGCUGGGAAGCUGCCUCAACGCGGAUGUGGACAUAGUAGAACUGGAUGUUGAGGAAAUCCACCUUGACUGGCCUCCACCACGGAAAUGACAAGAGGCACUCACCCACACCAGUAAGAUCACACCGAUGCUCGCAGCACAGCUGCGGGUGAAGCUGUCUGCAAUCAUUCGCAGUGUUGUCAGUGUAACGUGAUACAAACAAGACUAUUUGCUUCGCUGAUGCAGCAAACUGUGCGUUGUUGGAACUGGCUGAAAUAAAAAGCAGUGCCAAAGACCUGGCUGCUGUCAACUAAACCGCAAUUUUUUUUUAGUUGUGGGGGUUUCACGUCCCAAAACC